GGUUGAUAAAAAUGUCAUAUUUACUCACAGAAAUCGCCCUGGAGAUGCUGGGCUACAAGUUCUACGACACCAAUGGCACGUUUCACCUCACCAACUUCCAGAACAACACAGCUCAUGCCGAAACCAAUUCCGACGAGCCUUCAUUGUCGGAGUUCAUUGAGCAGCCGGAAUCUUCAAAUGGGGAGCCUCAGACGCGAAACGGCGCCGCCAGUCAUUGGGAUGUGGAGCGGGAGAAAGAGCUCCAACUACCUGCUUCCGGAUUCCAGAAACCGCGACGAACACCAGCCAAGGCACUGGCCAAAAUUAUGGACUAUGAGAGCGACAAGAUUGCCAGCCAAAUCGCAGCUCGUCUGGAGAAGGCAGCCGUUCGCGCAGGUUCGACAGACAACGAAGAGAUUCUAAAAAAAAUUAUUGAGGAAGAGAAGAAACUCAUAUCCGAGGACGCCACGGAAAUGCGACGGUUCAGGGAAUAUUUGCAAGGACGUCUUCUGCGACUAGACAAGCAGGCCUACGAGAAGUACUUGCGCACCUUCGGGCCACAGUAGGUUCAUCAUGUGUUCGUUUUGCAGGGCGUCAGAUUACUUGAUAAAUAUUGCGUUAAAUUUUUAAUACUAAUAAAUGGAUAAUAAGAUUGAGACACA